AUGACCGCCACUGCCAUUAAAACUCGGGUCGGGUUCCUGGGGCUGGGGAUGAUGGGCACCCCUAUGGCCAGCCGGCUUGCCAGGAACAACCCACUCACCGUCUGGAACAGAUCAGCUCUUCAAUCAAAAUACGAGCCUUUGAAGCACCUAGGGGUGAAAGUUGGACAUACGCCAGCUCAUGUUAUUAAUCAGUCCGAUGUCACCUUCAUGAUGUUGUUUGAUGGGGCUGCUAUCAAAUCGAUUCUGACCGAUGACUUCAAGGAGUCUCUGCGCGGCAAGACGUUGAUCAACACCAGCUCUGUUACCGUCGAGUGCAGCCAAUAUCUCGACAGGUUUGUUCGCGACGCGGGCGGAGAAUUCCUUGAGAUGCCAGUGAGUGGCAGCAAAGUACCGGCUGAACAAGGCAAACUCGUGGGCUUGAUGGCAGGAGACCCAGAAGUCGCCGAGCGUCUUAAGCCGCUGGUUGAGCCGCUAACAACCGUCGCCGUGUAUUGCGGCCCGGUCGGGUCCGGGCUAAAGAUGAAAUACGCCCUCAAUCUUUACCUCACUACGAUGAAUGCCGGGCUUGCCGAGUCGAUGAAUCUCGCACGGGCUCAAGGCUUGAAUCUCGAAGCGUUUGUUACAGCUCUCGAUGCGGGUCCAAUGGCUUCACCAUACUCGAAAAUUAAGACGACCAAGAUGCUCCACCAGGACUGGUCUCCUCAAGCCUCAGCCAGAGAUUGCUACAAUAGCACGCAGCUUAUUCGAUCUGCUGUCGAAGAGGCAGAUACCCAGUCCCCCUUGGCACUACUUUCCGCGUCGUUGUAUCGGAAAGCCAUAGAGUCUGGAUGGGGGGAUGAGGAUAUGAUAUCUAUUUACAAGGUGCUUCAGCAGCCCUUUGACAGGAACAGAGAAGUUGAGACAAAGGGCAAUCCCGCCAACGAUUCAUAG